GUUACCCUUGCUUCAGCCUUGAAGGAGGCCACCGCCACGGAGAAUUAUGAAAGAGAGGAGCUUGAUGCCAGUCGCAAGGCCACUAAGCCACAGAUAGAAGUUGCGCAUGCCAUGGACGAGCUAGAGGCUACUCCAAGCCAGAGCCCAGUCCGUGGGGUUGAGUCGGUGCGUCAGGCCUGCACAGUGCACAGAGAUCGCCGAGGCAGUUGCCCAGGUUGUGGCGGAAACCAUGAAAGGAAGAGUUGUCGUUUCAGGGAUGCUAUCUGCCGGACGUGCGGAAAGACGGGUCACAUCGCCAGGGUCUGUAGAUCGGCGGCGUCGGGAGCGACAGGAGCACCUAGACUGGAGCAUCGCAGACCGCCCACAGCAACUCGUUUUCUAAAGGACUGCCACUACGUAACGGAGAUCAAUGGGAGGGCCGUGCAGUUUCCAGCGCAAGGCAAGGCACACGUCAAGGUGAAGAUUGAGGGUCAGCAGUGCGACAUGGAGGUGGACUCCGGAUCUGCAUUCACCAUCGUGUCAGACCAGACCGCGAAGACAUUCUUCCCCAGGGGUAAGUUGCCCCCUCUGGAGCCCUUUCCGGCAACCUUGCAGUCGUACUCAGCAGGCCGCAUCCAUGUUAUGGGAAUGUGUGCCGUGAGAGUACAGUUCCGGGACAAACAGGCUGUACUCAAACUGGUGAUUGCGAAGGGCAGUCGCCCCAGUCUCCUGGGCACUGACUGGUUCCCUGCCCUGGGACUGAGUAUCUCAGGGCUUAAUUCAAUCCAAACCUGCCCUGAGAUGAGCGAGGUAUUAUGCAAGGAAUUUGCUGGUCUCUUUAAUGGAAAACUGGGUUGUUAUAAAGGGCCCCCAGUUGACUUCGAGUUGGACCCCGGGGUGGCUCCAGUCCGACUCAAACCAAGGCGAGUCCCAUUUGCACUGCAACCCAAGAUCGAGGCAGAGCUGGAUAAAUUGGUCAAGCAGGGAGUUCUCUCACCCGUGGACUCUGCUAAGUGGGAGACUCCAAUCGUCACGCCCCUUAAAGCAAAUGGGGAAGUCAGGAUAUGUGCAGAUUACAAAUGUACUAUCAAUAAGGCACUCAGGGGAAACUCAUACCCCAUUCCAGUUGUAUCACAUCUGUUGGCUAAACUGGCUGGGGGCAAGGUGUUCGCCAAAAUUGACCUGGCACAAGCUUACCAACAGCUGCCAGUAACCCCACAAUCAGCGGAAGCACAGACUAUUGUCACACAUAAAGGGGCGUUCAGAGUUAACAGAUUACAGUUCGGAGUUUGUGUGGCCCCAGGGAUUUUUCAAGGGCUCAUGGAACGCCUGUUAAGAGGUCUGCCGGGGGUCUUGCCAUUUUUUGAUGACGUUUUGAUUGCUGGAAAAGACCCACAGGAACUGGUUGCGCGUGUCCGUGCAGUGUUGCUCAAGUUCAAGGAGGUGGGGUUGCAACUGAAAAAGGAAAAAUGCAGUUUUGGGGUGCCAACGGUGGAUUUCUUGGGGUUUAAAAUUGAUGCGUCAGGCAUCCACCCCACAGAUGCUAAGAUUAAGGCCAUCAUCGAGGCACCACGACCACAGAACAAGACGGAGUUGCAGUCAUUCCUGGGACUUAUUAACUUUUAUCAUUCGUUCUUACCCCAGAAAGCUUCGGUAGCUGAACCAUUACAUAGACUAUUGCAGAAAAAGAAUGUGUGGCGAUGGGGGCGGGAGCAGCAGAAGGCUUUUGACUCCUUGCGAGGAAUGCUGAGUAGCAGGAGCGUCCUUGCUCAUUAUGAUGAGUCAAAGCCGCUGGUCCUGGCAUGUGAUGCCUCUCAAUACGGUCUGGGGGCUGUGCUGAGUCAUAGGGAACCGGAUGGGUCGGAAAAGCCCAUCUCUUUCUAUUCCCGUACGUUGUCGCCCACGGAGCGCAACUAUGCUCAAAUUGAUAAAGAGGCACUGGCUAUUGUGUCCGGAAUCAAAAGGUUCUAUGAUUAUUUGUACGGUCGCCAAUUCUCCAUUGAAACGGACCACAAACCACUGUUAGGGUUGUUCAACCCAAACAAACAAACGCCACAAAUUCUCUCCCCCAGAAUGUUGCGUUGGUCAAUAUUCCUGAAUGGGUUCCAGUACACCUUGACCCAUGUGCCGGGGAAACAAUUGUGCCAUGCUGAUGCGCUGAGUCGCUUGCCCCUUCCUGGCGGGAGCAAUGAGGAUCCUGCUCCGGCGGAGCACAUUAUGAUGCUAGAAACACUUCCGGGGGCUCCUGUAACAGCUACGGAUAUAGCUGAGAAAACGAGGAAAGAUGCUGUUCUCUCCCGUGUGCUCACUUGGGUGGGGAGGGGGUGGCCAGGUGGUCCGCAUGAAGAAAAAUUCAGGCCUUAUGCGACAAGGCAGCACGAAUUGUCCAUGCAUAAGGGUUGUCUCCUAUGGGGAGAUAGGGUGAUCAUCCCAGCACCACUGAGAAACAGGGUUCUUGAGACGCUUCACAUGGGACACCCGGGAAUGGUCAGGAUGAAGUCGCUAGCCCGAUGUUAUGUGUGGUGGCCUGGAAUGGACCAGAACAUAGAACAAUGGGUACGAACAUGCAAGGCAUGCCAAGAGGUGCGGCCAGAAGUGGCCAGAGCACCAGUCCACUGGUGGGAGCAGUCCAGGACUCCCUGGAGCCGGCUGCACAUAGAUUUUGCGGGGCCAUUCCAAGGGAAGGUCUUUUUGGUUAUCGUUGAUGCAUAUUCCAAAUGGUUAGAAGUGGCGAUGGUCCCUAGCAUGGCAUCAGCUGCCGUAAUCAAGGUGUUGAGGCAGCUGUUUGCUACCCACGGGUUACCUGAGACCAUUGUAUCAGAUAAUGGGGCAGCUUUUGUAUCCCAAGAAUUCAGGGCAUUCUUGGCUGAUAACUUCAUAAGAGGGGUCACAUCCGCGCCCUUUCACCCAUCCUCCAAUGGGCAGGCUGAGCGCAUGGUAAGAACAGCCAAAGAAUCCAUUGCGCGCUUAAUGGAGGGUAACUGGUCGGCUCGCAUUGCGCGAAUGCUAUUUUUGCAGCAUGCGACGCCGUGUACUGCGACAGGCAAGUCGCCAGCCGAGCUACUCUUAGGUAGAAGACUGGUAACGGUGCUGGAUUAUGUCCACCCAGAUAAAAUGCCAAACCGUAAUUCAAGAGCAACCCCCCAGGCUGAGACUGACACAACAAGGUAUCUCGCCCCUGAAGAUCUGGUCUGGGUGAGGAACUAUUCACGAGGUCCGCGGUGGGUGGCUGGUGUGAUCACCCGGGCUAGUGGACCUGUGUCCUAUUAUGUGACCUUGGAAAAUGGGCAAGUUUGGAAGAGACAUAUAGAUCAGCUGAGGCGCCGGGCGCUCAGCAGGGAGGAGUCAGAUAAUUCAUCACUGGCUAAUGACGCACAGCUGCGAGACCAGAGUGAAAAUGGUCCAGAGGUGCAGUCACCAGGGGCUUCAGCAAAUGAACCAGGGUCUGCUAGUCCUCAUGAUGACGAGGUACAGGUUGGGGACCCUGAGAUGUCUGGGACUCUAUCUCUGCUUCAGCACAACUCAGCUACAGGACAACUCAGCUUCCGAAUUCCACCCCUUCUCCCCACCUAUAUUUACACUCGUGAGGAACCUGUCUAG